AUGCACACGACUCUCAUUUCCAACCCGGUGCGCAGCGCUGUAUUAUGUACUCGCCUGCCUACAGCCGCCCUAAACCCAAUCGCCUACCAGACCUCUUCCACCCUCUAUCACACCAUUUCGCUCAAGUGCCAGACACGCUCUGCCAGCACUUGCACACAACCCUUCUCCCAGCAAUCUCAAAAGCUGAAGCUCUCAUCCUCCCGACCUCAAGCGUCCCUCGCUCCAUCAUGCGUCGUCAAAACAACUUCAGUCCGUUGCAACUCCAGCUCCAGCUCCCCCAACGCCCGUGAGGAAGCCGCCAAACUCGACUGGAACUCCUUCUUCAAGCUCCGGGCAUCUCGCCGGAGGUACACGCUUGCCUCUUCGAUUGCCAGUGCGUCCGCUAGUACAAUGAUUGGUGUGCAGGUCCUCUCAAGCCAGAAUCUGGAACACUUGGGCGCACAGGUUAUGGGACUCGACCCGUUUGUUGUACUGGGUAUGGCCACGGCAGCAUGUGGUGCUGUUGGUUGGCUUGUUGGUCCAUUCCUGGGAAACGCCAUCUGGGGAUUGGUUAACCGCAGAUUCAAGACGGCUGUUGCGGUGAAAGAGAAAGAGUUCUUCGACAGAAUCAAGCGAUACCGAGUCGACCCCUCGUCCAAUUCGAUCGCGAAUCCUGUUCCAGAUUACUAUGGUGAAAAGAUUGGCAGCGUCCAGGGUUACCGACAAUGGCUCAAAGACCAGCGGGCAUACAACCGCAAGAGGCGCAACUUCAUUGCCUAA